AUGAAACCUGAUAAUAUUCAAGAGAAUGAUAAUGAUCGAGAACAAGCUUCAACAUCCAAAAAAGAUUUCAGAAAUGAUUAUAUAUUUGUUCAAGACAAAGUUCUAGAUAUUCAACAAAAUGAAUCUGAUGAUGAUCUUGAGUCUGCUCUUAUCUUAUUACUUUCUAAAAAAAAAACCAAAGGAGGUGAUUUAGAAUAUGCUUUUGAAUCACUGCUUUCAAAAGAAAAAGCUAAAAAGGAUCAUGAUCAAAAUGGAAAUGAUCUUAAUUUAACUGAUCGAUUAUUAUUAAAUAGGAAGGAUCAUCAACACCAAAAUCUUGAUUCAUCUGAUCGGUCAUUAUUAAACAGAAAGGAAUAUCUCUAUUCAAAUUUAUCUAUUAGGUCAACUAAUGAAAAUUAUAAUAAAGAUGAUCAAUCUGAUUUGAAUUUUAGAUUGUUACCUACCAAACGACUUUCUAAAGGAUUGAAUACUGAAGAAAACGAUUAUCCAAGAAAAUUACCUACAAAAUCUUAUAGUUUAAACAUGUAA